UGCGCCAGCGGAGGCGCCAGAGAGAUCAUCACUGACAGACUUCACAGAUCUGAUCUCGUGAGGGCUGUGGCUUUGCCUUUAACGUCUUAUAUAAUUUCAUUCAGGCUGUUUGCAUCUUAAAUCGUUUGUAUACAGUAGUUCUUUUGAUCCGUCUUGAGCUUUUUGAGGAUGGCUGAGUCAAGUGGGAGAUAUCAGCAGCUGCCCAAUGAGGACGAGCCAGAGGAGGGCUCUCAGGUGGCCACUGAUGCCCCGCCCCCUUACAGCAGUAUCGCAGCAGACGGCGAAGCUUAUUUUGAUUACAAAGAUGAUGCAGCAUUCCCCAAACCCCCGUCCUACAACGUAGCCACCUCUCUUCCAUCCUAUGAUGAGGCAGAGAGAACCAAAGCAGAGUCUACCAUGCCACUGGUGUCAAGCCGAGAUGAGGACUUUGUGGCGAGAGAUGACUUUGAGGACGCGGACCAGCUGCGGAUAGGCAAUGACGGCAUUUUCAUGUUGACGUUUUUCAUGGCAUUCCUCUUCAAUUGGAUCGGCUUCUUUCUAUCAUUCUGUCUUACCACUUCAGCAGCUGGCCGUUACGGUGCGAUAUCUGGGUUUGGUCUCUCGCUUAUCAAAUGGAUCCUCAUCGUACGGUUUUCUACGUAUUUCCCUGGUUACUUUGAUGGACAGUAUUGGCUGUGGUGGGUGUUCCUGGCACUUGGCUUUCUGCUUUUCCUCAGAGGAUUCAUCAACUAUGCCAAGAUCCGCAAAAUGGCAGAUUCCUUUUCCACUCUUCCACGGACCAGAGUUCUCUUUAUCUAUUAAAGUCACUCGCUGGAAACGAAAACACAGUUACGGGCCUGCGCUGAGCCGUGGACCCAGCGGGAAAAGUGUAUUUAAGAAAAAAACUUCCAUCUGUAAUCUACUCAUCAGGAAGACUGUGGAAUUCCAAAAAGAUGCUUUUAUUCAUUUGCUUUUGAAUAUGCCGGACGGCAAGAUACUCUUUCUAUGUUUUUAGAUCUACAAUAGUGACAGCUCUGUACCUGUUUAGUGGUUUGUUGUUGAGUGCUAUUUGCAAACAAGUCUGUUACGUAUACAAAAAUGAUUAGUACUGGCAUGCAAUGCUCCCUUUUUACCAGUAGGGGGCAAUCUUUCCUUUUCUUUUACUCCGAUCUCCCCCCUCCACACACUUUCUUCAGUCGUGACGUUUGACAGGAAAGCAACCAGUCACUGCUGGUCACCAUUCAUGCAGAGCUUUUCUCUUUGUGAAUGGCAAUGUGAGAUGAAUUGAAUCUAAAGCAGUCAAUGCUUUUCUUCUUUCUUUAACUGUUUCUCUCUCUCUCUCUCUCUCUCUCUCUCUCUCUCUCUCUCUCUCUCUCUCUCUCUCUCUCUCU